GCAAAGCACAGUGACCUAAAUCAGAUGUGCACUCACUGUCCCUGGAAUCUUCAAGGGACUUACUGCAUUACAUUACCAGAAGCAAGAAUUAUUAUGGAAAGAUUUCAUCUGGAAAAGAAGUUACCUGGUCCUGAUGAAGAAGCUGUUGUUGAUCUUGGCAAAACCAGCUCAGCUGUGAACACCAAAUUUGAAAAAGAAGAACUAGAAAGUCACCGAGCAGUAUAUAUUGGCGUUCAUGUACCAUUUAGUAAAGAGAGUCGUCGGCGUCAUAGGCAUCGUGGACACAAACAUCACCACCGGAGAAGAAAAGAUAAAGAAUCUGAUAAAGAAGAUGGAAGGGAAUCUCCUUCUUAUGACACACCAUCCCAGCGGGUGCAGUUCAUCCUCGGCACAGAGGACGACGACGAGGAGCAUAUCCCCCACGACCUCUUCACAGAGAUGGACGAGCUGUGCUACAGGGAUGGGGAGGAGUGUGAGUGGAAGGAAACGGCGAGAUGGCUGAAAUUCGAAGAGGAUGUUGAAGAUGGUGGUGACCGAUGGAGUAAACCUUAUGUGGCAACAUUGUCUUUGCAUAGUCUUUUUGAGCUGAGGAGCUGCAUCCUAAAUGGGACAGUAAUGCUGGACAUGAGAGCAAGCACUCUAGAUGAAAUAGCAGAUAUGGUGUUAGACAACAUGAUAGCCUCUGGUCAGUUAGAUGAGUCCAUAAGAGAGAACGUCAGAGAAGCCCUCCUGAAGAGGCAUCACCAUCAGAAUGAGAAAAGAUUUACCAGUCGGAUUCCACUUGUUCGAUCUUUUGCAGAUAUAGGCAAGAAACAUUCUGACCCUCACUUGCUUGAAAGGAAUGGGGAAGGCCUUUCAGCCUCCCGCCACUCUUUGCGAACAGGUCUCUCUGCCUCAAACCUUUCAUUGAGAGGAGAGUCGCCUUUAUCUCUUCUUCUCAGUCACCUUCUUCCUUCUUCAAGAGCGGGAACCCCUGCAGGCUCGAGGUGCACGACCCCAGUGCCCACCCCUCAGAACAGUCCUCCUUCCAGCCCUAACCUCAGUCGCCUGACCUCCAGAAGUUUCCAGCAGAGGCAGCCUCAGGCCCCAGAGCUACUGGUCUCACCCGCCAGUGAUGAUAUCCCCACUGUAGUAAUUCAUCCGCCCGAGGAAGACUUAGAAGCUCCGAAAGGCCAGGAGCAGAAGAAUGAGGAAAAUGUUGACUUAACUCCAGGUAUUUUAGCAUCUCCACAGUCUGCUCCUGGAAACUUGGACAAUAGUAAAAGUGGAGAAAUUAAAGGUAAUGGAAGUGGAGGAAGCAGAGAAAAUAGUACUGUUGAUUUCAGCAAGGUUGACAUGAAUUUCAUGAGGAAAAUUCCCACGGGCGCUGAGGCAUCCAAUGUCCUGGUGGGAGAAGUGGACUUCUUGGAAAGACCUAUAAUUGCAUUUGUGAGACUGGCUCCUGCUGUCCUCCUCUCGGGGUUGACUGAGGUUCCUGUUCCUACGAGGUUUUUGUUUCUGUUGUUGGGUCCCGCAGGCAAGGCGCCGCAGUAUCAUGAAAUUGGCAGAUCUAUAGCCACACUCAUGACAGAUGAGAUUUUUCAUGAUGUAGCUUAUAAAGCAAAAGACAGAAAUGAUCUUUUAUCUGGAAUUGAUGAAUUCUUAGAUCAAGUGACUGUCCUCCCUCCGGGUGAGUGGGACCCUUCUAUUCGCAUAGAGCCACCAAAAAGUGUCCCUUCUCAGGAAAAGAGAAAGAUUCCUGUUUUUCCCAAUGGGUCUGCCCCUUCAUCUGGUGAGAUUCCUAAGGAGGCUGCCCAUCAUGCUGGGCCUGAGCUGCGCAGGACUGGACGGCUUUUUGGUGGUUUGAUACUUGACAUCAAAAGGAAAGCACCUUUUUUCUUGAGUGACUUCAAGGAUGCAUUAAGCCUGCAGUGCCUGGCCUCGAUUCUUUUCCUAUACUGUGCCUGUAUGUCUCCUGUUAUCACUUUUGGAGGGCUGCUUGGAGAAGCUACAGGAGGCAGAAUAAGUGCAAUAGAGUCUCUCUUUGGAGCAUCGUUAACUGGGAUUGCCUAUUCAUUGUUUGCUGGGCAACCUCUAACAAUACUGGGGAGCACAGGUCCAGUUUUAGUGUUUGAAAAAAUUUUAUUUAAAUUCUGCAGAGAUUAUGGCCUUUCUUAUCUGUCUUUGAGAAGCAGUAUUGGUCUGUGGACUUCUUUUUUGUGCAUUGUUUUGGUUGCAACAGAUGCAAGCAGCCUUGUGUGUUACAUCACUCGAUUUACAGAAGAGGCUUUUGCUGCUCUCAUUUGCAUCAUCUUCAUCUAUGAAGCUUUGGAGAAGCUCUUUCAUUUAGGAGAAUUAUAUGCGUUUAAUAUGCACAAUGAUUUAGAAAAACUGACCACUUACUCAUGUGUGUGUGCCGCACCUCCGGAUCCUAGCAGUGAGACCCUAGCACUGUGGAAGGAGAAGAAUUUAACUGUACAUGGUAUUUCUUGGCCAAAUCUCACUGUUCCUGAGUGUAAAACCUUGCAUGGUGUGUUUGUAGGGUCAGCUUGUAGUCACCAUGGCCCUUAUAUUCCAGAUGUUCUCUUUUGGUGUGUCAUCUUAUUUUUUACAACCUUUUUUCUGUCUUCAUUCCUCAAGCAGUUCAAGACCAAGCGUUAUUUUCCUACCAAGGUGCGGUCGACAAUCAGUGAUUUUGCUGUGUUUCUCACAAUAGUAAUAAUGGUUGUCAUUGACUACCUUGUAGGAGUUCCAUCUCCUAAACUUCAUGUUCCUGAAAAAUUUGAGCCCACUGAUCCCAGUAGGGGCUGGAUCAUAAGCCCCUUGGGAGAUAAUCCCUGGUGGACCUUACUGGUGGCCGCUAUUCCAGCUCUGCUGUGUACCAUUCUUAUCUUUAUGGAUCAGCAGAUUACAGCUGUGAUCAUAAACAGAAAGGAGCACAAAUUGAAGAAAGGAGCUGGCUAUCACCUUGAUCUGCUGAUGGUUGGUGUCAUGUUGGGAGUUUGCUCUGUCAUGGGACUUCCAUGGUUUGUGGCGGCGACAGUGUUGUCAAUAAGUCAUGUCAACAGCCUGAAAGUUGAGUCUGAGUGUUCUGCUCCAGGGGAACAACCCAAGUUUUUGGGAAUUCGUGAACAGCGGGUUACAGGACUAAUGAUUUUUAUUCUUAUGGGCCUUUCUGUAUUCAUGACUUCAGUACUAAAGUUUAUUCCGAUGCCUGUUCUAUAUGGUGUUUUCCUUUAUAUGGGAGUUUCCUCAUUAAAAGGAAUCCAGUUUUUCGACCGCAUAAAAUUAUUUGGGAUGCCUGCGAAGCAUCAGCCUGACCUUAUCUACCUCCGCUAUGUACCUCUCUGGAAGGUCCAUAUUUUCACAGUCAUUCAGCUUACCUGUCUCGUUCUUCUGUGGGUGAUAAAAGCUUCAGCUGCUGCAGUAGUUUUUCCUAUGAUGGUUCUUGCAUUGGUUUUUGUACGCAAGCUUAUGGACCUGUGUUUCACAAAGAGAGAACUCAGUUGGCUUGAUGAUCUCAUGCCAGAAAGUAAGAAAAAGAAGGAAGAUGACAAAAAGAAAAAAGAAAAGGAGGAAGCUGAACGCAUGCUUCAGGAGGAUGACGAUACUGUGCACCUUCCGUUUGAAGGAGGAAGUCUCUUGCAAAUCCCAGUUAAGGCCCUCAAAUAUAGUGUUGAUCCCUCAGUGGUUAACAUAUCAGAUGAAAUGGCCAAAACUGCACAGUGGAAGGCACUUUCCAUGAACACUGAGAAUGCCAAAGUAACCAGAUCUAAUGUGAGCCCUGAAAAACCUGUCAGUGUGACAGUAAAUUUUGAAGAUGAACCAUCAAAGAAAUACAUGGAUGCUGAAACUUCCUUAUAGAAUUGAACCAAGCAGAAUUAUAUAUAGAUAUAGAUGUAUAUCUAUAAUGUGUGUGUGUGUGUCAUAUCACUAUAACAAUAUACGUCAUGCUAUGUGUGCGUGACACGAGUUUUUUGAAAUAAUAUCUGGUUUGUUACAUACACCACAGAGACUGUGUAUAUUAAUGAAAUAAUCUCUUAGACAUGAGGUACAUGGUUGUUAUUAAAAUAUUCUGUUGGAAAAAAGAUUUUCUGUUCUGCAGUACAAAGAUGUGGAGAAAUGGACAGUAGGCUUUUCUUAAAUCUUUUUGUUCAUCCGUGGCAGUUCAUAACCAAACUUGUGUGGUACAUAGUUUAUAUAUUUAUCAUUUUUAUUUGAGUGUCUAAAAAUAUUCACAUAUUAUUUCACCUAUUGUUAACCUAUAGUUAGCUUAGUACUUUAAAGGGAGAAUUCUUUGUCAGUGCUGUGAGAUAAUAACAUGUCACGGCUUCUCUGUUUUAUAUCUGGAGCCAUCCUCCACGUUGCAGAAGUGAUGGCAUUUUCUUGGCCAUACAGGUGAUUGGACAACAGUGGAAACUUCAAUGUAGGAACUAUAAUUUUUAGCCUUUAGUUUUAGGAGGUUUUUUAAAAAAAAAUCUGGAAGCUUCCACAUCUGUGCUUCUAUUCUAAAAGCCAAAUAAAUUGUAGGUAUUUAUAACUUUGCACCCAUGGUAGUUGUAACUUGGUGGAUUUUAGAAACUAUAAAAUGCCAUUUGCCAUGAAUUUUAUUACCUUUAUAGAAAUUAUUUUCCCAAUUUAUACUUUUUUAGAAGUCAUAGAUUCUCUUCUAUUUGCAAUUGUUCUCUUAAAAUGAAGUCAUUUGUAUUAGGUUCAAGUUCUUGAUUAAGUUUCCAUUGUAAACAGUAUGAUCAAGUAAUCAGGAGUCAAAAUUCUCUCAUGGGCUUAUGAUCAGUAUUUAUUAAGAAUUACCUUUUUCUUACUGUUAUUUUUCUUGUAUAGAUUAUAUUUAAUAGGUUGUGCUCCACAGUUUCAUUUUAAAAUAUCUUAUUGAUAUGCUUGUUAUGUAAACAUUUGAAAAGGUAACCAUUAUAAACUGUUAAUGUACAUAAUUAAUGCUCACUUGCAUUUAUGUUUAUUAUCUGAUAGAAAUUGACAUAUUUUUCAUCUUUAAUAUAAAGCACUGCCAUAUUUGUCUUUUAAAGAAAAUUAGCUCAUAUUGAUGGCAUUUUUCCUGUUUUGUGUUAGUAUAUCUUAAUUGUUUUUUCUGAGAUACCCUUUUAACUUCUAGAAUAUCAUUUUAGUCCUUUUUAUAUACUCUUAGCUCCACACAGAAUAAAUAAAUGUUAUUGUUAAGCUUGUAGGACUGGAUGAAUGGGGUUGUGAAACUGAUUUGGCAAGAGACUAAUUUACAAAAUCCAAGUGAAUAUUGAUAAGCUACAGAAAUACUGGAGUUGACGACAUGACUAUUAAGGAAAGAAACUUAGUGAAAUUCCAAUGUUCCCUUUCAUCACUUAUAAUUAAAAUGCAAAAUAUAAAGAAUUGAUCUUUAAAAAGAUCAGAAGAAAUGCCAAAAGCUGAUAUUGUAACAAUUCUAAAGUGUUUUCAAUCCAUUCUAAACUACAUUGUAGCUGAUAUAAUUUCCUCUUCUGCAGAUUCUAGUAAAAUAAUGAAUUCAACUUCUGCCUCAGCUGAGAUGUUGGAAUGUAGCUGCUUUUCUUUAGAAAAUGUAGUUGGCCUUAUUUGGUACAGCCAGAGAAAGAGUUGUAGACUCUAUUGGUGAUUGAGGAGAGUGUUACCCAUGGUGCUUAUUACCGCCGUGUGCUUCCAUUUAAGUGAUUACUUUUUAUCCAUAGCAGCACAGUCAGUUCCAAAGUCCCCGGUAUCUGCUGCUAUUUUUAAAACUCCCCUGAUGUACUUAAACAAGAAAAUUUCCUCCUCAUUUCCUUGUAUUUGGACAUCACAGGGUUAACAAAUGCACUUACUUUACAGGAAGUGAUUUUAAAAUUUGAACUGAAAACUACCUGGGCUCAUAGUGUUUCUCUGAUAUUAUAUGAUUAUGUAUAGUCAUUAUCCAGUGCUAGGAAAACCAUAACUUGCAAGAUACAUAGCAUUCAAAUAUUCUACUAUUUCCAAUUAUUAAUGGCUUCUGUUUUCUUUUGACUACUUGAUUCGCAAAAUGAUUGCUAUAUGACUACUCCAUUGAAGAGCAAAGGUAACUCGUGUUUAAGGAGUUAACUGCUUGAUUAAGUGGAAUCAUGGAUAGCAUUCAUUGCAAGACAGUAAAAGAUAUAAUUUAAUGUAUAUUGAUUUUUUUAAGUGUUGCCUUAAAUAGGUUUAUAUGAGCAGUAGUAAUUGCUAUGUACUGAUUUACCUCAAGGUGCAAAAUAAUUAAACCUGUGCAUAUUCCAUUUACAAAAUAAAUUUAAACAAACAGCCCUGCACUUUCUUAGAUGCCUUGAUUUUCAGAAUGGAGCUUAGUGCUACUGAAUACCCUGGCCUCAGAGCCAUCUCAGGAUAUUCUUUUCUCCACCCUAUUUUAUUUAUUUAUAGAUGUCUGUUUACAAAGACUAUAAUAAAUUCUGAUGUUAACCAUCUGAAAUUUACCUUCAGUUGCUGUUUCAAUCUAAAAUAGUAGCGUUUGAGAAAAUAGCUGAGUUCCUUACAAUAAAAGGGUGACUAUAUAUUUUUAAUAUUAGAUAUGCCGAUACACACAACUUUCUAAAGCAAUUUGUGUGUGUGCGUGCAUGUGUAUGUGCGUGUGUGUGUGUGUGUGUGUGUGUGUGUGUGUGUGGUUACCAAUCUUAAAUCUUUUAUGUUUAAAGCUGUGGCAUACCUAUGUUCAUACUUGCCAAGUCUUUUGUAAAAUGUGUUGGAUAAAAUUUUUAUGUGCUAAUGCAUGUAUUUAUAAAGAUUUGUUUACCACUCAAAAUUAAUAACUUUUGUUUUCUUCUUCCAAAAAGAUUCUGUUUUCCACAAACUCAAAGUUUCUGUGUGAGUAUACUAGUUGUCUGUUUGCUUUCACAAAGAUGGAUUCAAAAUUCUGUGAAAAAAAGAAAACCCAAAAAACAAAACAAAACAGCAAAACUGGUCUCUGAAACUGAAGUAUACUACCCAAGCUUGCUACUGAAGGGGUUUUUAUCAUGUACAUCAGUUCUAUAAGUGUGCUUGACAGUUGAACAUGUGAAACACCUGCUUCAGAGCGCUCAGAUGUUGGAUAUGUAAGCCAUCACUAUGACAUUACAAUUCAAACUGUUUAAGUAACUUAAUGUUUUAAAUUUAUUUAUGUAGAUUCACAUUGUUAUCAUAUACAGUACCGUGUGAAAUGUCUUGUAUUCCAACAAUUAUUUAUUUUUAGAAAGUUAAAGACUUUAAGGAUAGUCAAGGUUUAAAAUUGUAUUAAAAUUUCAAAUUUGGCAAUCUUAAUGUCUCUUUUAGUUACUUCAGAAAGUAAAAUGUAUCAAUUAUAGAAAACAUAGUUGAAAAAGGAAUCAUAUAAAGAUUUUUAAAAUUUAAUACUUAGAAUAGUUGUUAAGCCCCACAUUUUUUAAAUCAUUUUUUUUGCACAUUGAUUGGUUUUGUGCUGUGGCUUUUCUUACGUUGCUUAAUUCAAGGUUUUUUGUUUUUUGAGGGAAGGGUCUUUCAAUGUUUACUAUGUUCAAAUAAAAAUUGAAUUUUAUUCUUCAUUUAUGUAAUAUUUGAUACCUUGGUGUAAUUUCACAGUAUAGUUUUUAUGACUUUUAUAAUUACAGUGAUACUUGCUUUUGUAAUAAAAUCCAAAGUAAAUUAAACAUUAAAUUGUAGAACUGAUAUUUUUCAUUUAUAUGAAGUCAUUCGUUACCCAAGUCUAUAAUGUGAACCAUCCUGCCUUUCACAUUUGUUUCAUAAUUGUGAGAAGAAAACUAUUUUUUGUAGAUGUUAUUGAAAUUGAAAAAGCAAUAAAAGUCUCCUUAAUUAGU